AUGGCAGAAACGGUUUUGAAAUUGAAAAAGAGAAUGAGGUUCAUGCCGGUGCUUAUUUUUCAAGUGAUCCUUAUGGCCCUGUUCUUUGCGUACGCGAGGUACGGAGGUGACAAGCACCACGAUGUAAGAGGUUUUGAGGACACCCACGUAAUGAUAUUCAUCGGUUUCGGCUUUUUGAUGACGUUUCUGAAGAAAUACUGCUACAGCGCGCUCGGAUUCAAUUGGUUCCUCGCGGCCCUGGUUGUGCAGUGGGCCCUACUCUGUCAGUCGUUUUAUCACAUGGAAAACAACGCCAUUUAUAUCACAAAGAAGAGCAUUCUCGAAGCCGACAUAAUGUCUGCAACCGUCCUCAUCACUUUUGGGGCGCUCCUGGGCGUUGCUAGUGUGACACAAUUGUUAUUUAUAGCCAUAGUCGAGACCGCAGUGGGCUGUUUUAAUAUAUGGAUAGUAUUAGACUAUUUUAAGGCUGCUGAUGUUGGUGGCUCAAUGGCAAUUCACACGUUCGGUGCAUACUUUGGCCUCGGUGCAAGCUUGGCCCUUGGAUAUCGUAAGAAAUUAGAUGUCAGCAACAGUCUCAAUGGCGCCAGCUACUCUUCGGAUAUAACUGCCAUGAUAGGAUCGAUUUUCCUUUGGAUUUACUGGCCCUCAUUCAACUCUGCUUUGACGAAUUCGAACGGUGAAUAUCAGCGUGCAGUAAUCAACACAUACCUUUCUUUAGCUGCUGCAACGGUGACAACAUUCGUCAUGUCCACGGCCGUUAGCCACGAUGAAGCCAAAUUAGACAUGGUCCACGUGCAGAACUCGACCCUCGCUGGGGGCGUUGCGGUCGGCGCCGUUUGUAACAUGCACAUCACAGCUGGUGGUGCCGUAGCGAUUGGCAUCGGAGCUGGAAUUCUUAGUGUCCUUGGAUACAGUCUUUUAACGCCAAAACUUACCAAGUUAGGUGUCAUCGAUACAUGCGGGGUGAACAAUCUCCACGGCAUGCCCGGCAUUUACUCUGGUCUCCUCUCUGUACUGUUUGCUUAUUUGGCCACAAGUGAUCUUUAUGGGGAGGAGUUGGGAGGAAUUUUUCCAGAAAUGUCGCAGAACGCCACCACUGUCAGGACUUCAAGUCAACAAGCUACAUCUCAAUUGAGCGCAUUAGUUGGCACUUUGGCUAUUUCCAUCGUAGGUGGAAUAAUAACAGGGACGUUAGCGAGAUCGACAAUAUUCGACCCGCUAAAGGAAACAGAAAAAUACAGUGAUCACCCUGAAUGGGAAUUACCG